AUGAAUCUACUCUUCGCAAUUGGAGCAAAACACUCUCAUCUCAUUGGCGCCGAGUGGAGAGGCGACGAGAGAGACCACCUGAUCUACAUGACACGAGCAGUUCAGCUUUUGGAUCUGAGAGACACUCUAUCAUUCCUUUCAGCUCCUAGUCUGGAAAAAGUUCAGGCACACGUUCAGACAAAGAUAACGGAGUUGCUCAAGGAAUUGGACGAUUGGUUAAAGACAGCUUUGCCACCCGAGGACAUCCGUUCCAGUGACUGGUCUCAGCGACCCCAUCUCAAUCGCGAGCGCUUUUUGCUCCGAAUGUACUACUGGAGUACAAAAAUCCUUAUUACGCGACCUUGUCUUUGCCGGAUUGAGCGGAGGAUAUCAACGGAGAGCAGCACAUCCAUGAACUUCAACAGCGAGACGGCAGAGACAUGCGUUGAAGCCGCUCGACAGAUGGCGAAGUUGUUCCCUGAAAAGCCAGACACAGGCUUUAUCUACUCUCAUGGACCAUGGUGGGAUGUGACUCAUCUCAUUAUGCAAGCUUUAGCUGUCCUGUUGCUAGAGAUGGCGUAUGAGGGCAAGCAUUUGAAAGAUGAGAAGGAUGACAUCAUUGCAUGUAUAAAAAAGAUGAUGCGCUGGCUUCACGCAAUGAAAGUGAAUGACCCAGUCGCUGCUCGAGCUCACGGCGUCAUUUAUAAGAUUCUCAAUACGUGCGCCCCUGCCCUUCGAGAGCAGGUCAAGGAGUUAGUUGCCGACGAUAUGGAUGGGAUUUCUCAGCCUUCACGUCCUUCACGCUCUGGAGCUUCCUCCACAGUACAUACGCAGUCGACUUCAUGGAAAACACCAGUUGACGGCGUCUAUUCUCAGGAAAUGCCGGCAAACUAUCCGCCCCCCCUUUCCCACAAUCACUUCAUGGACCCUCUUCUCCCAUAUCCUGGAUCGACAUAUCAACCACCGCCUUAUGCUUUUGGCAAUCCUUUUAUUACGAACUUUGACCAAGGAGUGCCGUUGGUGGACAUGCAACAACUGUGGUGGCAUUCGGCGCCCCUCAGUAAUCUGGGCCUAAAUCCUUCUGACACGACUCUACCCCAGGAGCAGCUCAUGCAACAGCAGAUGCAGCAACAAAUGUACGAACAGAUGCAGCAGGCCGAUUACACAAAGGAGCAGCAUGAUGGAGAGGACGUCUUCUCACAACCGCCCAGUUAG